GGGGCGGGAGACAAACAAAACUAAUACCAACCGUUUGUUUUUCUUUUUCUAAUCCUCUACUCUAUAGUCUCUAGUAAGACGGAGUGGAGACUUUGAGAGGACGAAGGAAGGUGAGAAACAUCAUACCAAUGGUUUCAUCUUUGUAUUCUUCCUUCCAGACCUCUUCUCUUCAAGUAAUACCAUCCUCAAUUUCCACUUUUCACCACUCAAACUCAAAGAAAUUGCAGUCCAGAAUUUACUUUUCUGCAAAUGUAAAUCCUUGUUUUUCUAAGCUCUCUCAACAAGGAUUCCAAAAAUACUGUCUACCUUUAGCUGUUUCUUUAGUACUCUCCUGGUCAAAUCCUGCUCAAGCAGGAUUUUUGUCAGGGUCUACUGGAAUAGAAUCUGUUCCAGGUCCCCAACUGCCUUCUAUCGAAUUCCUCGAUCGCUUCAAUGAAGAGAACCAAAAGAAGUAUGCAGCUGAUGAUGAAAGAAUCAAAUCAUCCCCUAUCAUGAAAGAGCUCCUUGAGCGUUCCAAAAAGAACAAAGACAAGAAUAAGCAAGAAAUAUUGGAUAAGUAUUGCAUACGUGGAGCGGAGUGGGGAGUGGGAGAUUGCUCGACACAAGGGAUGACAGCAGAGGAGAAAGAUAAUUUCAUUGCAAUGCUGAAGCAGAAGGCAGCAGCUGCUGCUGCUACCAAAUGAUCUAACUUUCCUUAUAUCUUUCAGUGAGCCAUAGCCAUUAUCGAUCUUUCGCACAAGUAAUAUCAUAGACCUCAUUUUCAUAGAAAUUUAGACUAUAUUUUGUCAGCAUUUAUUUUCUACUGUAGAUUUUGGAGGAAUUUUAAAGAGUGAUAUGCUUAUAAACUUUUUGGUAAUCAUAUAGCAAAUACGUACAGCACAAUUAUUGUUUUGCUGAAGAACA